ACCUUGCGGAAACCGAACACACUGAAGAAAAAAUCACACGACGAAUUCGGAAGCUUCGCCAAGAAUGGAAAAACAAAUUGAAAGGGACUGGACGUUCACAGGGGAAAGAGCAACUCGAAGAAAUGUUGGAUGAGCCUUUCUUGAAAGUCACCCCAAAAGACAAGGAAAAACUGAUGGUGGACACAUCGUCACUGACUGUGGUAGAGGCUCUCAAUCUUUCAUCUGUGUCAUCGUUGGGGUCACCAGACAACCGUAGAGACCAAGAAACUCAGUGUGACCGUCCAAAUUUGGCUCCCCUUGACGAAGUAGGUCCACGGCAGCGGUUUCGAAGGACAAACUCCUUAUUACACGAUUUGCGUGAGGAAGCUGAAGAAAAUGGAAUAUCUGCAACUCAGCUUAUGGGAUAUUUGCUGCAUAAAGAAAACUAUAUCAGCAACAGGAAAACAGCGGAUGUUGGGUUGAAGCUUUUCAACAAGUCGUUGGUUGAUAAGGAGAUGUCUGUUGACAAAGGACUUUACAUUUUGUCUUCAUACAAUAUCGGAAGGACGGGGUACACUAAUCUCAGACGUGAUUUAAAUGAACACGUGACACUCCCAGCCCACUACAAGUUGAUGGAAAAGAAGAAUUCUAUCACUCCUGAACUGAAGCCUUAUAGCAUUGAUGACAACGAAGGUAUCACAGCUUCUCUUAAAGAAUCAUGCAGCAUACAUGUGAAAAGACUAAUAGAAGCUCAUCCAGAAAUUGAACCAGGACAGUAUAGAGUUCUCUGCAAAGACGGACUUGAUGGAUCGGGGCGCCAUUCCAUUUACCACCAGAAAGGACAGGCUCAGACAUAUAGCAUGAUAUUAUAUAUGUGGAUACUGCUGGAAGUCAUCAAAGAAGCUGGUUCAUCUGGAGAAAGUUCAUCUGGAGAGGGGUCAUCCCAAGCAUCAGGAUUGACCGUGUGGAAGGAAAGCGCAGCGAAUAGUCCAGAGGCUGCUGUUCCCCUAUUCCUCGUGAAGGGCAAAGAAGAUAGAGAGCUCCUAAAAUCAAUCAUACCUCCGAUUGAAGCAGAAAAAACAGCUCUGUCAACUACUGGAAUUGAGAUCAACAUCUCUGGUGCAUCAUAUCACUUCAGAUUUGAAUUUAAUUUGACAAUGGUAGAUGGAAAAAUGGUGAAGCUCCUGACAGGAAGGGGAGGAGCCUACUGUAUCCUGUGCCCUGCGUCCAGAGAUGAAUGUCAUAAUCUUGAUCGUAUUGAUGAGGGCUUCCCAAUUGGGGAAGUUAGUAAUGAGGAUCUGCGAAAACUUUACCAGGAUCUCCAAGACGAGGGGGAAAUUAAGCCAAAACCUGGUGAUUAUGCUGAACGACGGGGACUUACCCAGAAACCCAUAACAACAUGUGACAUUAAGGUCUUUCCUAUCCUCCAUGCUACUCUGCGUACAAUGGAUUGGACUCUAAAGGUCAUCUACCACUUAAGUGCUGGUGUAAGGACCUGGAAGGAAAACCUGCAAAAUGAAGCUAAAAUCAAAAGGGCUAAAGACAACGUGAGGGCCUCCGUAUACGAACGAACUGGAAUACGAGUGGACGAGCCCGACCCCGUAGGCAAAGGCGGAACCUCGACGACAGGUCCAAUGAGCAAGCGUUUGCUCCAUGAUAUUCCCAUACGCCAAGCUCUGAUCGACUGCGUCCCGGACAGGGGUAAAGACAGGACACAAUUUGGCCAGAUCGUCAAAAACAUGUCAGUUAUUCUGCGUCUAGUCUCGUGCUCAGACUUUGUAAAUUCAGAUAAGCUUGAUGCACUUUGCAAGGAUACAAGCCGAGUGUUUCUCGAACAGUUCCCUAGCUUCAAAUUUACCCCCUCCGUUCACCAGGUUCUAGCCCAUAGUUCAGAGCUAAUUGCAGGCAACAAGAGCCGCGGCUUGGGAACACUGUCUGAAGAGGCCCUGGAGAACAACAACAAAAAUAUCCGCAGGUAUCGAGAACAUUUGUCUCGCAAAACCACACAAGAGGACAAUUUGACUGAUGUUUUUCAUCGUCUCUGGCUGAAAUCAGACCCAGUCGUGCGCUCGUUUCGUCACAUCAAGAAAUGUACAUACUGUGACGGCGAUCAUCACGUGCGAUCUUGUCCCAAGAAAUCAGCAGAUUUUGGAGUACACGUUGAGGACGAGCUGUUCAGUUCCUUUCUUGUCUAGAUUAAACCAUUUCCGAACAGGUAAGUUUAACGCUUCCCAGAGAAACGAUCAAGAGGAUGCCACUGUCGAUGUUCAUCCACUGUGUUUCAAUCAAUACAUGGUUUUUGCGUUUUAUUUUUUAUACCAAAAAGAAACAAGGUGUUCACAAUUUUAAAAAUCUGAGACUAGACAAGAACAUCACUUUAUUAAAAUCAUACCUCUCAGAUUUAGCAUUUGUUUUCUUUUUGUCACUUCCUUUUCCACUCAUUCCCUGUACUAUUAUAUUGAAAUUAAAAGUAUUAAAAUAAAACUGCCUUUGUAUAAUGCACGAAAAUUUCUAUUUUAUUAUCGCAGCGGUGCGGUACGGCGCGGCGCGGCCAUGGUGCUCUGUCUUUGCAAAAAUUAAAUAAUUGUCAACAGAGGGCGCUAUCGUUGAAGCGCGCUCCCUCGAAGCGAUCCUAGCAAAGACGUCUUUCUGCGGCCGAAUUGAGAACCCAUGACGCUCAGGAAGACUCUAAAUCAGUUCUAAAUACUUGCUAAAUUGUUAUAUUGAUUGUACAUGAACAUAACUACACUGUUUUUGCUGAUGUCUGGGUCAGGUAGGGUUUUAAACCACUGUG